AUGCCUCUCCGGAGACACUCGCAGCGAGCUCUCCACACUCGCAGCAACCUGCUCAGAUCAGUAGUUUCAGCCAAUUCUCCUCCUCCGCCGCCGCUUUCCCCAUCUCCGCCGGACAACUUCCUCGUCGGCAAAGCCCUAUCAAUACUCAAGCUCUACCACCCGUCGCAGCUCGAUCCUCUGAUUUCCCAGUUUACUCCACUAUCCGCCUCCUAUCUCCUACUCCAGUGCCAGAACGACCAAACCCUAACCCUUAAAUUUGUCAAUUGGGCCCGCAAAUUGCCCUUCUUCAGUAAUCAGCUCGAGUGCCAUUGCCUCUCGAUUCACAUCCUCACCCGAUUCAAGCUCUACAAAGCAGCCCAAUCCCUAGCGGAGGAAGCUGCUCUAAUUUUUCCGGACGAUGAUAAGGGAGAUUCGGUCUUUUCCUGCCUAAGAGACACUUACCAAGCGUGUGGCUCCAGCUCUGCCGUCUUUGAUUUGGUAAUAAAAGCUCUAUCCAAUUUGAAGCUUAUAGAUAGAGCUCUAAAUAUGAUGAGAUUAGCCAGAGACCAUGGGUUCAUGCCUAGUGUAUUGUCCUAUAAUUCCAUUCUAGAAGCAAUAAUUCGAAAAUCGGCUCCUGGGCAUGUUGAGUUUGCUUUGAAUGUAUAUCAGGGCAUGAUAGAUCAUGGUGUUUCCCCGAACGUCUUCACGUACAAUAUUUUGAUUAGAGGGUUGUGCGCAAACAAGGAAAUGGGUAAAGGAUUAUGUUUCUUCAAUGAAAUGGAGAAAAAAGGCUGUCUGCCGAAUGUGGUUACAUAUAACACAUUGAUAGAUGCAUAUUGUAAAACGGGGAAUAUGGACGAAGCCUAUGCGCUGUUGAAAUUGAUGUGGAAGAAGAAGUUGGAGCCAAAUGUCAUCACGUAUAACGUGAUUAUCAAUGGGUUGUGUCGAGAAGGGAGGAUGAAGGAGACGACCAAUAUUUUUGAGGAGAUGAAAGGAAAAGGUUUGGUUCCAGAUGAAAUUACGUAUAAUACCCUUAUCAAUGGUUACUGUAGAGAGGGAAAUCUUCAUCAAGCUCUUUUUCUACACGCGCAUAUGGUUAGAAAUGGACUGUCACCCAAUGUCGUGACUUAUACGUCUUUGAUAAAUAGUAUGUGUAAAGCGAGGAAUUUAAACAGAGCCAUGGAGUUUUUUAACCAGAUGCAGGUCAGGGGACUGAGACCGAAUGAGAAGACAUAUACAACUUUGAUUGAUGGCUUCUCUCAGCAGGGAUUCAUGGAUGAGGCCUGCAGGCUUUUAAAAGAAAUGAUUAGUAAGGGCUUCUCACCCUCUAUCAUAACUUACAAUGCAUUAAUCAAUGGCCACUGUGUGUCGGGUAACAUUGAUGAUGGUUUAGAAUUAAUUAAAACCAUGACCGCAAAAGGGAUUUCUCCUGAUGUUGUGAGUUAUAGUACAAUCAUUUCUGGGUUCUGUAGAAAAUUUGAUCUGGAUAAGGCAUUCCAGACGAAACAAGACAUGACUGAGAAAGGUAUUUUUCCGGAUGCCAUCACUUAUUCAUCUUUGAUUCAAGGUCUGUGUGGACAGAGGAGAUUGGCCGAGGCCUGUGAAUUAUUUAAAGAAAUGUGGAGAGUAGGUUUGCCACCCGAUAAAUGUACAUACACUUCUCUAAUCAACGGUUAUUGUUCCGAAGACGAUAUAGAGAGCGCAAUUGGUCUCCACAACGAAAUGAUUAAACAUGGCUUCUUUCCCGAUGUUGUCACCUACAGUGUGUUGAUAAAUGGGAUGAACAAGCGGGCCCGCAGUAAGGAAGCAAAACGACUUCUUUUCAAGUUGUACUUCGAGCAGUCUGUGCCACACGAAGUUACCUACGAUUUGCUGAUAGAAAGUUGUGGCAAUAACGAACUAGCCCUCAUGAAGGGAUUCUGCAUGAAAGGCUUGAUGAAGGAGGCAGAUGUUGUUUUUCAGGGUAUGUGUAAGAAAAACAAUGAGCCUGAUGAGAAGGUUUACAAUGUCCUAAUACAUGGGCACUGUAGAGGAGGAAAUCUGAACAGAGCUAUUGAGCUUUAUAAGGAAAUGGUGCAUCGUGGGUUGGUUCCUCAUGCGAUGACUGUUAUUGCUAUAGCUAAAGAACUCCACAAAGUUGGGCUGACAGAUGAACUCGGUCAGAUUUUAAGGGAAACAUUGAGAAAAUGUAAAGUUAUUGACGGUGACCGUGCCAAGGACCUUAUAGAGGUGAAUUUUAAAGAAGGGAAUAUGGAUGCAGUUUUUAAUGUUCUCAAUGAGAUGGCCAGAAAUGGCCUUCUUCCGGAUGAAGUGAGGACUGUUUAG